CCUUUCAUGGUUCCCUGGCAAGGGCAAGGGGACGACAAGCGCCAGAGCACGGAGCUGAAGAAACUAAGCACGAGCAGGCGGAAUCCAUGGCCAUGGGUGCUGCGGCGACCGCGGCUGCCUGUUUCUCCUCCGCAUCCUCAGGCGUGUCACGGUGUCGCGUCAGGGCGCAGGCGACGUCGUGGGCGGGAGGGGCGGAGGAACUGGUGCGGUCGGGCGCGGUGAAGGCCGUCCGGCCGAGGGACGCGGCGGAGGUCAUGGGCUCCGAGGGGUUCCAGCUGCUGGACGUCCGGCCGGCCUGGGAGCACGACCGCGCCGCCGUUCGGGGGUCCGUGCACGUGCCGCUGUUCAUGGCCGACGACGACAUGGGCCCAGUGACGCUGCUCAAAAAGUGGGUCCACCUGGGCUACAUCGGGCUCUGGACCGGGCAGUCCUUCACCAAGAUGAACGACCGCUUCCUCGACGACGUCGCCGCCGCCGUCGCCGGGAAGGACGCCAAGCUGCUCGUCGCAUGCGGCGAAGGCCUCAGGUCGCUGAUUGCGGUGAGGAUGCUGCACGAGGACGGGUACAAGAACGUGGGAUGGCUCGCCGGGGGGUUCAGCAAGUCCGUCGACGGUGACUUCGCCGAGCUGGAGGGGGAGAGCAAGCUCCGGUACGCCACCAUCGGGGGAGUAUCCUACAUCUUCCUUCAGAUCUUGCUGCUGCUACGGGUGGUGCAGUGAAAAUCGAACGGAAUGCAAUGGUGGUAUGGAAUGGCGCGCCCUCUGCUCCAAGUUAGCCUCUCAAUCCAGUUCUGCUCUCGGCCUUUUGAUUUGCUUAAUUUUGCUUCAGCCAAGUGUUGUAUGGUGGAUCGAACGAUAGUUACAAAGUAAUUCAGAUUCAGCCGCGCUCCCCUUGUCAACAUCUUGUACUACAUAGCCCUUCUUGGUAGCUGCAUGUAGUAGUUUUUUAAAAUGAGCUAAUAAAACCAUGUUUCAUAUUUAAA